AGUACGAAAAUAUGGGCAAAACAAUCUGGCAACUCUGACUGCUGCUGCCCGUCAGUGUGUCGCGUCUAGGAGUGGUGUUGGUACCCGUCUGUUUCAACUCCCAGCCUGACAGAAUUUGUGUUUUUUUUGUGUGUGUGUGUAACCACGCCUACACAGUGGCUGCCAAGGCUUACCCAUGAGUUAAACCUUCUUUAGUUGGUAAUGAGGAAGGCGUGGGCUGUAGCAGUGGACACCCGAAGGCAGCAGUGGGUGAAAACAAGCAAAAUAAAGAAAAGUUUGGCUGUGAGAAGGUGCUAGACAGCCACCCAUAGUGACGAGGAGGCAGGAGGCACCACCACCACCACAGGGAAGUCCCUCAGAGAGAAAGAGAGAGAGAGAGAGAGCUGUGGCAUCAUACCCUUGACGUCCCCCACAAAUCUUCAACAAGAACAAGACACGCACACUGCCACGGUGUUGUCUGGAGACCAUAUAACACUUCCUGCUGCAGUGCCCAAGCCUCCACUCCCACGGGAUCACACUCCGAUCAUAACUGCAGGCCCUGAGCGUCACCACCUCCGACUCUGACAUCCUACAGGACUACUGCCUCUGCUGUGACUCCCCCAUAGUUCUCCGCCGCGGCUCAUCCACAUAUUAUUACAACCCUUACAACAAAAAGACCAAGCCAUUAAUAUUACUGACACGAGUAGCCACACAUGUACUGAGAGGCAGGAGGACGAAGAAAACACCCCAUACAUUGCUGGAUUGGAAAAGGGAAGUCCUCUCAGAAGUGCAUCUCAAGACUUUUCAUUGGCGCCCUUCAUCCAGCCCUCCACGGCCCUGCAGAAGCACCAGCAGGUUAAGCAGAGUAGGAAAAGCCCCUGCUGUACUGAGGGGUGGGAGGAAGGAAGCGUCUCCUGCGCUACUGGGGUGGACAGGGGGAGUAUUUUUUCAGACGUGUCCAUCAAGUCUUUUCGCUGGCGGCCUUCAUCCAACCCCCCUCCGGUGCCUCCGUCAGCAUGGCCGCCGCGCCUCCUGCUCCGGGGGAAACGCAGGGCACCCUGGACCCCCGCAGGAAGACCCUGGCGGCAGCCGUGGCGGGCAUCCUGCAGGAGGUGGGGUUCCUGGCAUUUGAGAAGGCGGCCCUGGGCACCCUGACGGAGAUGCUGCAGAGCUUGCUGCAUGAGAUAGGCCGCAGCACUCGGGCAUAUUCGGAGCUGGCAUAUCGCACGGAGCCAGUGGGUGCUGAUGUGGUGAUGGCGCUGGUGGACAUGGGCAUCACCCUGGAGGGCCUGCAGGCUUUCCGUUCGCGGCCCAACAGAGUGGUGAUCACAGCGCCCUCACAGCAGGUGGAUCUGAAGCAACACAACGUACUGCAAGUCGGAGAUAAGAAGUCACACCCGGCACACAUCCCUGACCACCUGCCGCCCUUUCCCGAUACCCACACCUACUGCUUCUCCCACACGUACAAGCAGCCGGUGACGGAGUACGAGGCGAUACGGGAGAAGGCCGCAGCACAGAAGAGAGAUAUAGAGAGAGCGCUUACCAAGUUUGCCACCAAGACCAGAGACACACAGAAUCUUUUCCUGACCGAUGACAAGGAGUAUUUGUUGGUAUCAGUAGAGCCGAACCCCAAGGCAUAUUUGGACGCCCUCAUGCCACGGGACCAGGUGUUUGAGGAGGAGGAGGAGCACCACACCAAGAAGAAGAGAAGAAUAGCCACGGAGGAGGGUGACCCAGGACAGGAGAAAGAUAAGAUGAAUGAGUCACAAGAAGGGGAGCUGGACAACCCUUACCUGCGUCCUGUCAAGAUGCCACGGAAGGGCAAGGCCAAGAAGUGAGGGGUUGGGGGGUGAGGGUGACUGGUGAGAGGCUCCCAAGGCACAGCCAACAUAAGCCUGCCAAGAUCAAACACCAGCUCUCUUCCUGUCACUCAAGAAGAAUUGGUGAGGCAAGAGGCAUUUCAAGGAAUAUGAAGAGCAGAAUCAUUUCAGCAUUAAAAUACCAACAGAAGAGGAAGCUUGGGACUCAACAAAUAUGAAAGAAUGGAGAUGGCAAGCAAAGAAUGGCAUCCUUUCAUAGUACAAAUAAAGGAGAAACAAACGUAGACAUGCCAAGAUACUGAAGGUGACAAUUAAACAUACAAAAUGAAAGUAGCGUAGUGAGGGGUGGGCAUCUGGGGGGGUGGGCUGCAGCCAAGAAUGAUUUAUACAAAAAAAUAAUAAUAAUAAUAAUAAAAUAUGGUACCAG